UGCAAAAACAUUAUGCACAGCUCUUGUAUUUCUUUGAUUUAUCCAAGUAGUCAAAGUAUAAUAUUUUACAAACUUUUGAUUCAAAUAAAAUAACGAAUGACACAAAAUUUGAGUACCUGUUACAUGUAACCUAUGUAUAAAUGCAUAACUAAUAUUGAUAUACGCAUAACGAACUUAGUUUGUGAUAUGAAACAUUAAGAAAAGUGUAAAUUAAUAAAUAGGUUUCAAAAUAGGUAUUCCGGGUUUAACAACUUCCAUAAACAAUCGUUCAGAUCGUUAUUUGGAAUAGUUCGAGCUACGUGAUACGUAUUUAGUUAUUUAGCUGUCAAAUAUAUAAUUCGUACAAGUGCAAUUGUGUUUUUGUCGGCGAUUACGAUAAAUACGCUCAACGAGUAUCGGAUUUUUUUGACGAUUUGAUAAACUGCAAUGCAGUACCAUUUGUUUUGAUCGAUUGUGGUUGCGAGGAUAAGAAACUGCAAACAGUUAUAUCUAGAACUAGAGAAAAGGUUCGUACAGCAUCAUCUUAUUCUCCGAUCUGUCAACAGAAAAUGAAAUUUUUUCCUUUACAUGUUUAGGAAGUUUUCAAAGAUGUUAGGAGAAAGAAGAAUAUUCGUCAUGUGCAAUGCUUAUUCGAAGCUGAUAAUGCUAUAGCUACUGUAGCAAGGAUAUUGAAUUGUCCUGUAUCGAGUUAUAAUUCAGAUUUUUAUGUGUUUGGGACAUUGCACAUACCAUUUGAUACAUUGGACAAUUACACGAGGUCUAAGUCAAUCUACACUGCCAUUAGCUGCAAUAUUACUAGGCAAUGAUUAUGUAAAACGUGGUACAUUUAGAAACUUCUUUCGUUAUUUAAAGUUACGACGAAUAACAAGAAAAAGGUAUAGUAAUCGACAGUAUUGUAUAGAAGCAACUUUACAAUGGUUGAGCGGAUUUUACACCUUGGGCAGAGCAGUCAUUGGAAUACUAUGUAGAUCACCUAAAACCGAAUAUGCAGCUCGUGCCACAACACAUUCCAUAAACAGAAUUUUUAAAUUUGAUGGAGAUGUUAAUAGUCUAAUGUACAUAGAAGAAACUGAUAAAAAUGGAGAUUUUGAAUCAUCCGAAGAAGAAGAAAAAGAGGAAGAAAACGAAGUUGAAAUAUUAGACAUGCUUAAAGGGGUCAGAAUCUACUACCAAUAAUGCACUACUAGCUAAUGUACCUAAUUUGUUUGUAGAUGAAUUUCUUAUGGGCAAUUAUCCUGCAUAUAUUAUGGACUUGUUGGUUCGACGUUUAUAUAUUUGUUCUGUACAAAUAGAGGAUUAUUCCUAUCCAUUGAGCAAUGUAAUAAGUUUAAAAAUUAUUAGAGUUAUAUAUGCAUUUCUGUAAUCAGGAAUGAAUAGAAGGAGAGGUUUCAUGAAAUACAUGGUGAGAGACUGUAAUAAAAAGCUUAAAUGUUACAAACUAGAAGGCACUGACACUAAAUUUUCUUCCCCAUUACUGUCUCUAUCUAAUCUUAGAGAAGUACCAUUAACGAGUCCAGGAUUAAAAAAUAAUGUACAAACAUGCGUCAUUGAUUUUUCAUUACCAUUUGAAUUUAAAUUCAAGUUAUAUAGACACAAAUAUAUAAGCAAAGCCCAUAUUGAAUGAA